AUGGUCAGACUGUUUGCCAUUGUCCUCACCACCCUCUGCGCUGCGGCCGGCGCGUUGGCUUUACCGCUUGGUGACUCAGAGCCUAAGGGUCCAACCGAUGCCGAGUUCCUUGCACCUGCAAGGCGUGCACAAGCCGUGCGACGCACAAACCCUGUAGAUGCAGAGUUCCUCUCACCACGUACGCAAGGAAAAGGGCCGGUGGAUGCAGAAUUCCUAGCACCUGCUGUUAUUGGAAGGGAUACCUUUUUGGAGAAAGGCCCCUCCGAUUCUCAUUUCCUUGCCCCUGCUAAGCGCAAUCAACCCGAUGGUCCUGUGGACGCAGAAUUUCUCCGACCAGCCCGCUUCGCUUAA